UCCUUCCCAGUCAGAAGCAGAUCCUAAAGUGCAUUCAGUUGCUGUUGUGGCUGGGUGGCAGCACAGUCAGACAGUCUCUUUGGUUGAACGGUAAUUCACUCUGACGGAAAACAGGACUCUUUUAACUUAGCGACCAAUCGAAAACACCUCCUACCGGCGUCCCUGAACAAACUCCGGCUCUGCACGACAGCUUUAGUCCUGCAGGUAAGCUUGCUAACGGUGCCGUGGAAACUACAAGCAGCAAGAACCUAAAGAACCUGCUGUGGAAAGGCCCUCGUGAAUGUCAACAGCAUGUCCAGCCACUUUGCCGUUUCUCUGUGAAUGGAUUAGAGGCAAGUUGUGACCAUGCGCUGCCUGGCUGCCCGGGUAAACUACAAGACCCUCAUUGUUAUCUGCGCCCUCUUCACACUCAUCACUGUGUUGCUAUGGAACCGCUGCUCCACUGACACCUCCCUACGCUUCCUGCCCCGUUCUGCUCUGGUGGCUCCAAGUCCCAAGGUGGGGGAUGCUAGCAUCAGCAGCCAACAGCAUCCUCCACAACCUCCAGAGCCCCCGCCUGUUGUUGGGGCCGUCGGCGGGAUCAAGUAUGAAGAAAUUGACUGCCUGAUCAACGAUGAAUCUACUAUCAAAGGCCGGAGAGAGGGCGGAGAGAUUUACCUGCCCUUCAGCUGGAUGGAAAAAUACUUUGAGGUGUACGGCAAAGUAGUGCAGUACGACGGCUACGAUCGAUUUGAAUUCCAGCACAGCUAUUCAAAGGUUUACACUCAGCGUGAGCCCUACCACCCCGAUGGAGUUUUCAUGUCAUUUGAGGGAUACAAUGUGGAGGUCCGCGACCGUGUCAAGUGUAUAAGUGGAGUGGAAGGCGUGCCUCUGUCCACUCAGUGGGGCCCUCAGGGCUACUUCUAUGCCAUCCAGAUUGCUCAGUACGGCUUGAGCCAUUACAGCAAAAACUUGACCGAGCGUCCUCCCCAUGUGGAGGUCUACGAUACCGCAGAGGAGAGAGACAGCCGGGCCGGCACAGCGCCCUGGAGUGUGCCAAAAGGUUGCAGCCUCAGCCGUGUCCACGACAAGUCCCGAUCUACCUCUGUGCGUCAGUUCAGCGCUCCAGAGUCCUCAGAAGGCGUGUCCCUCCAGCUGGGUAACUCCAAAGACUUCAUCCUCAGCUUGGACGUCAAAUUCACCUCCAACGGCAGUUUGUCUGUGAUCCUGGAAACCACGGAGAAGGGCCCGCCUUUCACCAUCCACUACGUGACCAGCACACAGCUCAUCGCCUUCAAAGACCGAGAAAUCACCUACGGUAUCGGUCCACGAACUGCGUGGAGCACUCUGACCCGAGACCUGCUCACCGACCUCAGGAAGGGUGUCGGACUGUCAAACACAAAGGCUGUGAAGGCAACAAAGAUCAUGCCCAGACGGGUGGUGCGACUACUCCUCCAUGGCCGAGGCUUUGUCGACAACGUCACAAUCUCCACCACUGCCCACAUGGCCGCCUUCUUUGCUGCCAGCGACUGGCUGCUUCGUAACCAGGAUGAGCGAGGUGGCUGGCCCAUCAUGGUCACCCGUAAACUGGGUGAAGGCUUUCGGCCUCUGGAGCCCGGCUGGUACUCAGCCAUGGCCCAGGGCCAGGCCAUGUCCACCCUGGUGAGAGCCUACCUCCUCACCAAGGACCAGGCUUACCUCAACGCUGCCCUCAAGGCAGUUGGACCCUACAAGGUGCCUUCAGCGCAGCACGGGGUCAAAGCUGUGUUCAUGAACAAGUACGACUGGUAUGAAGAAUACCCCACCACGCCCAGCUCCUUUGUCCUCAACGGCUUCAUCUACUCCCUGCUGGGACUCUUUGACUUAGCUGAGACAGCCGGAGAGAAGCUUGGCAGGGAGGCUGGGCAGCUGUUCAACCGUGGCAUGGAGUCGCUGAAGGCCAUGCUGCCGCUCUUUGACACAGGGUCCGGGAGCAUCUAUGACCUGCGUCACUUCAUGUUGGGCACUGCGCCCAACCUGGCCCGCUGGGACUAUCACACCACGCACAUUAACCAGCUACAGCUGGUGGCAUCCAUGGACAACUCUCCCAUCUUCAAGGAUGUGGUCAAGCGCUGGAAAAACUACUUGAAAGGGAUUCGUGCCAAGCACAACUAGAAAAACAGCAGCCCACGCAUAGUAUACAGCUGAGAUGACGACUGAAAGGUUGAACACACUCUGCGUGAGCAUGGUUGAUUGAAUGUGAGGCAGAUGUUCACACUGUGUGUGUGUAUCCGUGUGCGUUUGAAUGUUGGUUGAGAUUCAUAAUCUUAAGGAUGAGUUUAUUCAGCUGCAGCUCUCAACACUUACCGUUUCUCAUGUGCUCUGCUGCAGGUUUUAUAUUUCCUGCAACGCUGACUGUAGCUCUCCUCCUGUUUUUUUGGGUUUUUUUUGGGUUUUUGGGUUUUUUUCCUUAAGCUAGUGUUUGUAAUUAUGCACAGACCUAGUUUCAGAGUGUGUUUGUGUUCAGGAAGAGUGUGUGUGUGUGUUAUUGUUAAGUAACAAUAUACCGUAUGACGUUAGAGAACUGGAUUGUAUAAACUGAAUCACAUCUCUGACAUUCUUUCAUGCAUCCACCACAAUUCUCCAGUUGUAUUUUUUUACCACUUUAUUCAGAUUUGCAGAGUUUAUUGAAACGAAUAAGCUGUUUAAAAAAAAAAGGCCAGAAUAUAUUAUUUUGAAUAAAUUAUUUUGAGGACAAUGUUUCCACAAAAAAUAAUAUAAAAUAUCAUAUAAAAAUUCUGGAUUUUUUUUUUCUGCAGAGCAGUAUUCCUUCAUAGCACAUUUCUGUAACCCUCACAGCUUUUAACUUUUAAGUCAACAUGUUUUUUGUUUUUUUAAGUACACCAAGUUUGAGCUGUUUGCUGAGAUGAAUUUGUUUGUCUGUCAUCCCUUUACAGAAAUGCUGAAGAGUCAGAUGUUUAAUGCUUCCAAACCAGAAACUUCCAGUUCUUUUCCGAAGCCCCUGAAAACACAGUCAGAUAGUCACAAAUAUGUUUUGGAGUGGGAUUAUGUUAUGUCUUUAGUGAGCUUAGCUCCUUUAAAUAUUUUUUUCCAUGGAUUAGCUGCUUUAAAAUUAGCUCUGAGGAUAAACGCCUCAAAUGAGUAUUUGAAUUGAGAUGGUUCAACCAGCUCCACUACCAGAGGGUCUCAUUGCUUCCUACCCAUAAUUCCACUGUGUUCAGCUCUUGCAGGUAGCAUGCAGCCACUUGCCACCUGAGAUAAAACCACCAGGCUGGCACCAGUCAGUCCUAAUUAAUAAUUCGUCUUAUUAGCCAUCGGUGCUAAAGCGUCUGUAAUGCUCGUAACCUUUAUGUAAUGUUUCAGGAUGAGGAAGUGUGUGCUGCUCAGCUCGUACAGUGCAGGUUUCCCCACAUGAGAGAUCCUGGAUUGUGAUCUGGCAGCUGUGAAAUGAGUCACUAAUUUCACUGAUCAAGAGUCGCUGUCGCUGUGUUUUUCUCCUCAUUUGCACAGUUUGGGUAGAGCUUAAAAAUCGAUAUGUAAAACGUCAUCGUGGUCUAUUAUCUCAGAGUGGACAUGAGUAAGAUUCAGUGUUGACAAAGAUCAAUAACUUCUUCAGAUCUGAAUAUGUUCUGACUAGGGACUACAGAUUACUACAUGUAAACACCACACAUGUAAAUUUUUCUUAUGUGGCUAACUCUGAAACAUUUAAAUUUGGUUUAAUGUUGAUUAUGGCACACUGUCUCAUACAGAUAGAAAGAUGGAUAGACAGACAGGUAUAAAAAGAAGAGUUCAGUCCAGUUUGUCCCAGCUGUGUCUUUUUAAUCUCCCGUCAUACCAUAAGAAAUUUCCAGUGGCAGCGAUUUUAGACUAAAUCUCAGAGAAAUCACUCAACUUGUCAUUGUUAACCAUUAAUAUCUUUUAAUCCCUUUAAUGUCCCUCAGUUUGAACGUCAGAACCAUUAUUUGUAGCUUUAUGUCCAUUCAUUUUCAUUCCCUUGUUUCUACCUUCCUUUUAUUUACAUGUCGUUUCCAUGGGAAUCUCCUCUGAAAACUCUUCCCCUGUAACUCAGACUUCCACAUGAUAAUGGCAGGAUGCAAGCGUAGGUGGUGUAGAUGUAUGUGCUGUGUAUUCAGGUAGAUAGACGUGUGGGCAGCAGAGGCACAGCUGCGUCUCACUAACAUGUCAAUUUAUAACGUUUAAACAGACAAUGCCAGGAGCGCUGAAGGUCGAGAUGCAUUCAUGACGAGCAUAAAGAGGCUGUCAUUCCCAGCAGCCUCCCAUUGCUCCUCUCAGCUGCUGUGGGUGCAUGAAUUCAGCGUUUUUAAUCUCCGCGCUGCCCCGUUGACCGCUGUACGAGGAGACACCAGCUCGCCAAGACACUAACAAUUCACCCAGCUAAUAGGCUGGAGAGCCUGCGCACGCUACAGUCGGGGAUGAGUCAGCAAUCAGCGGCAUCGCACUCACAAAGAAAACAAAGUGGAGCCCUCAGCAUUAAUGAGCCUUUCAUCGAUCUGCUUUAAAGAUCUUUAAUGCGAUGCUGGGAGAAUCAAGCUGGUUUGUUCUACUGAAUCUGUUGAUGGUUAAUUUGGUCGUUUUCAAACACAAAAAACAAACAAGAGAGAAAGAGAUGAAAACAUUCUGUCAGAUGGUCUGCUUUCAAACCUGUGAGCUUUGAAAGUGAAAUCAAUAGAGGCAUGCGAUUCAGUUCAGUGUGACAGGAAAAGGUCCUGCGGGUGCAUCUUGCUGACCUUACAGCUUCAUCUGAAACAACAACAACUGAGUGAGAAUUUAGCAGUUUGGAUCAUUGGGGCCACUGUUCAGAAAACAAUCUGAGGCUGAGAGGUAAAAAAGGUUGGAAUACUUUAAGAACAAAGUCGUGAUAUCAUGAGGAACAGGAAACCUUUGGCCAGGGAACGUAUUAACUGUACAAUACAGUGCAUAUAUAUAAUGCUCAUAUACUGUAUUGUACAGUUACAGGAACAGCUGAAACAUAUGUAAUCCAGUGUACCCAGUUUAAUCACAAUAUACUGCAGUUUGUUCUCAAAGCAACCUUUUUGACCUUUUUCUCAUAUAAUAUAUGAUAACUUUUAAAAAAAAUACAACAACUUUUUCUUUACGGUUGAGCCUUCGCCUCCUUUGAGUUUAUACUGUGGAUGUUUUGGGUUUUUUUAGAUAAAAGUUAAAUGUUGUCCCAGAGGAGAGGUAUGAGUGCACUUUUACUUUCCAGUAGUCCCAGUUUUUGGGAUUCUUUGCUGAUCCUUAGUUUAAUUUCCUGUUCGCAUUUCUUUCGCAUUACUUGCAUAAUUUCUCUUUGCCAUUUCGACAGGAUAAGUAUGUAGUUUAAGGAGAACACACAGGAAUGAAAGUUUUGUGUGUGACUAAAUGUCCUUUUUCUUUAUACCAAAGUCAUUGAUUCAAGUGUAUUAGAAUUUUGUAUAUUUUUGUGUGAAGCGAUUUUCCAUUCAGCAUUUAAUGACUUAAAGUCUCCGUGGAGACAUCACAGAGAGACACUGCCUUUCCAUAAACACUACUUUGUCAAAUGUAGGGUGAAUUAAUAAUAAUAGCAAAAAUAAGGUGUGUAAAUUUUGCUUAUCAUUAAGGGGAUGUGUGCAACUAGAGAUUAGCAUUUAGUCAGCUACUGUUUCACAGGCAAAUGGGCCAAUAGGUGCAAACAUUUCUCUUUCCUUUUUUUUCCUUUCUUUUUGAGGGUGUGUUUGUAUCAUUAAUAAUUUGCAGAGGUGAUUUGCUAGAUAGAUAAAAGCACAAUGUCACAUUUUUGGUUGGUUGUAUUUCUUUGGCUUUGUUUUUCUUUUCAGGACAAUGUGCAACGUCUUCAUGAGGGAAGCUGCUAUUAUUGUUCACUGUGCAACAGUUAUAACUUCUUUUCAUUUUACUGGUAUGUUUUGUUUUUUUGCUUUUUUUACUGUCCAUUAAAGACUUCAACAUAUGACCCCUGAGGUCAAAUGUGAUUUAUGCAAUAAAAUGUUUACUGGGGUUGUGACACCACAGGAGACCCAGAGCGGUUGUACAGACUUCACAAUCAAAGCACAAUGUGCAAAUGCUACCAUUUUUUUAGUCAAAGGAAGAGACGUGUUUAUAUACAGAGUAAAUCUUUGUGCUUUAAAAAUGUGCUUUUUGGAGGUGUAAAAAAUAAAAAAAUAAAAGCAUUUUUCUUAAA